AUGGACUAACUAUAGCAAAAGCUUGAAAUUAUGAACAAAGAAGGUGAAAAAGUCCUUCUCAUCAAAUUUAUUUCAGAAAAAACAAAGCUACCUCCUUCCUACAUUAUUUUAGGCUCUCUGAUAGCAUCGUGCUUAGUUUUAAUGCUCGAAAUAGCAGAAUCUCUGAUAUCAAGACUAGUGGGAGUUGUUUAUCCUGGUAUUAAGAGUCUUUACGCAAUCGAAUCAGCUGACAAAGCAGAUGAUAAACAAUGGCUCACCUACUGGCUGAUAUAUGCAUUCUUCUUGGUUAUCGAUGAAUACGCUGGAUUUAUUCUUACCUACUUCCCAUUCUAUUAUUUCGCAAAAGUUUGUUUUUUAAUCUGGCUAUUCAACCCAGUCACUUAAGGAGCCCAGAAAAUUUACGAAGUACUUAUUGAGCUAUUCAGAAGAAACAAAGAUAAUAUAGAAAAUCUCAUUUAAGUCUCAAAUCAUGCAAUUAAUGAUUUGAUGAGCACUUAGGGCGAACAACCAAGACAAUAAUAGAAAAAAUAAGAAGAAGAGGAGAAAACUUUCAAGAAGCUAGAUUGA